UUCCCAGCUGCCCGGACCACAGACGCCAACACCCCCCGCCCCCACCACACGCCGCCCUCCCGCCUCCCGCGCCCCGCACAGCAGCCCACGACCGAGCGGCGGCAGGCGGCAGGCGGCAGGCGGCAGGCGGCAGGCGGCGGGCUGCGGAGACUCGGCUCUGCGCGCUCGGGGCUGGCGCUCGCCUCCCCGCUGCCUCGCUCCCGCCCGCCCGGCCACACCGGCCCCGGCCCCCGCCGCCGCGCGCGGAGCCCCCGGCCCGGGCCCCGGCGCCCCCCGGCUCUCGCCGCCCCUCCGCCCCUCAGCUCGCGGGAAAGCGGUCGCGGCAGCGGCCCGGCGGCAGCGGUGACCGUGGCGACCGCGGCGGCAGUGGCGGCGGAGGUCGCCGCGGCGGCGGCAGCGGCGGCGGCGGCGGCAGAGGCGGAGGCGGCGGCGGCGACGGUGGCGGAGGCGGUGGCGGAGGCCUCCGUGGCGGAGGCGGAAGCGGAGGUGGAGGCUGAGGUGGAGGCCGAGGCCGCGGCGGCGGCGGAGGCCAGCCUGGGGGAGGCGGCGGCUCUGGCCGGGGAGAAGGCAGAGGCCCCCGGCGCGGCCGCGUCGGUGGCAGCCUUGGCGGCCAGCCUGGCGGAGGCCACGGGGGCCGCUGCGGAGGCUGCCGCGUCGCCCUCCUACGGGAGGGUCGACAUGGAUGAGGAGCUGGCGGCGGCCCUGGCCGCAGAAGAGGAAGAGGCCGCGGCGGGGGGCUCCGACGACGGCAACCCCGACUUUCCCACGGCCUCGCUGUACGUGGGCGACCUGCACCCCGAGGUGACCGAGUCCAUGCUGUAUGAGAAGUUCAGCCCCGCAGGGCCCAUCCUGUCCAUCCGCCUCUGCAGAGACAAGGUCACCCGGCGCUCCCUGGGCUACGCGUAUGUCAACUACCAGCAACCGGUGGACGCCAAGCGGGCCCUGGAGACCAUGAACUUUGACGUUAUCAAUGGCAGGCCGGUGCGCAUCAUGUGGUCCCAGAGGGACCCGUCGCUCCGCAAGAGCGGCGUGGGCAACGUCUUCAUCAAGAACCUGGGCAAGACCAUCGACAACAAGGCGCUCUACAACAUCUUCUCGGCCUUCGGCAACAUCCUGUCCUGCAAGGUGGCCUGUGACGAAAAGGGGCCCAAGGGCUACGGGUUCGUGCACUUCCAGAAGCAGGAGUCUGCCGAGCGGGCCAUAGAUGCGCUGAAUGGCAUGUUCCUCAACUACCGCAAGAUUUUUGUGGGGAGAUUCAAGUCCCACAAGGAGAGAGAGGCCGAAAGGGGAGCCUGGGCCCGCCAGUCCACCAGCGCUGACCUCAAGGAUUUCGACGAUGACUCCGAUGACGAGGCCACCUUCCGAUGAACACAGCCCAGGACCCAGCCAGUAGAGCCAAAUCUCGGCUCCCACCCCGUUUACAGCCCCCCCGCGCCCCCCCAACCCACCAGCAGUGUAUUGUAUUGGGAGUGCAGGUUUCUCUCUCUCUCCCCUCUUUCUCCCUCCUCCCCCCCCCCCCCCGCCUUCACCGGGUCUCCCUCCCCCUCUCUCCCCUGCCCUCCCUCCCUCUCCUUCCCCCCCUCUUCCUUUCCUCACCCUCUCUUCCUGGAGCUAGCUGGCUUCUCCAUCCCCUCUUCUGCUCUCAGCCCCUCUCUUCUCCCAUCCUCUCCUCCUACCCCCUCAGCCUCCCCACGCCCCCCCCCCGCCCUUCUCCCCAACCCUAGCAAGGACCCUGAGAAUAACCCCACUAAUCUGUGCCAUUUGAGAAGUUGAAGGCUGCCUCUUCUCGCGGUGCCUCUUCUUGGUCUGAUUCUUAAAAGCGUUUUUUCUGUCUCUUUGUGUACUGCACAGGUGAUGCAACUCAUGGUAGAACUAUCUGGAAGGAGAAGGAAGUCUGAUGUGGGAGAAAGAACCAAGAGUGUAAUUGCUUCCCACCAUCCUAAUACCCAGAGGGAACCUCUUUUAUCUUCUUUGGUGUGCUGUUUCUCCAAGCUCUCUGCUUCCCCCUUCUCUGCCUCUUACCCCAGACCCACCUUCCCUGUUAACAUUCUCGUAGAGUGGUUCAUGUGUGUGGUGUUUCUUAACCUGCUUUUUUCAGCGACUAAAACCAAACAGAAAUCAGCGCAUUGAACUUCUUUCCAUGCUAUUCAACAGGCUUAUGGAACGUCAUCUUCAGUGCCUGCAGAGUGCUCCUAUGUAUCCAUGGACCUUAACAUUUCUGUAAUCAUUCCCGCAUUGUUGGACAUUCAGGUGGUGCCUAGUUCUUUCCCUGUGUUCAAAACCAACACUGCGUGCCCUGAUGAGUGAAUCCCUCCUGGUCAAGCCAGCUCUAGGCUAGCACCCUGGAUGGUCUCUCCUCAACUGUGGACUUGCAGGAUCCACAUAUAGACGUCUCAAAGACUUUCCCUGUGUGUUGCCAAAAGGCUCCCUUUCAUAAGCAUUGUACCAGUUUGUAUUUGUGCCAGCUAGCCAGUGCAGCUAGUAAAAAAGAAAAAAAAAUGAGUAUGCCUAUCUACCCUGCAGUCUCAUGGCCCGCCCCCUCCCCUUUGUGUGUGUGUGUGUGUGUGUGUGUGUGUGUGUGUGUGUGUGUGCAGUGUCCUGAGCUGCAAAUGGCACUUUCAUUGUCAUGGUUAUUUCACUGGAAUUGAAUGCUGUCAACCACAAGGAAGCAUUCCCGCUGCCUUUCCUUUUCCCUCUUGCCAGAAAAAUAAAUCAGCUAGGUUGCAGGAUAAACAAAAUCCCUAAGCAGAUGAUUUGACAGAAGAAAUUGAAUGCUAUCAGCAAUCAAUCCUAAUGACUCCCAUGCCUUCUUGAAUUGUACUCAUCUCUAUGUGCCAGUGUUUUUCUAGGACCUCGAAGACAUUUUUCUUGUUGCUCUAGUAUUGUUCUUAUGCAUUGUCAUAUAUGUAUAUUAUAAUGUACAUACUGUUUUUAUAUCUCUUCACAUGUGUGUAUGUGUGUAUAUGCACACAGACUGCUGAGCUUCAUUUCCUGUCAUUAAAGAUACUUUUAAAAUAU